GCAAACGGCUCCUUCAAAAAGCCGUCCAUAACACCACACUCCCGUUUAAAGGUCCUGCCGUCGAAACGGGAGUGCAAAACCAAGGCGGCUUCUGGAUUCCAUACGCCCAAACGUAGGCCAUCGCCCAAACCCUGAGAUCGCGAGGCUCAUGCUCUACCGACUGAGAUGACAGGGCUACUGUUUGAGAUCCUUCGCAUGGAACACUCCUAGCCGUGCCCCUUGUAGCGUCUCCAGUUCGUACAAGCUGUUUCGAUGCUCCGGACCACUCUGCACUUAUUAUACUUCGGGCUAACUUGGCAUUUAUGUUAUUUUUGAGGCUGCUCAACAUGAAAUUCCGCAUGUACACUUCCUGACCAGGCCUCAUGCGAGUUCCUGCGGACCUCAUCACGGAUGAUCUCCUGCUAGUCAUUCCUUGCCACAAGUGAUACUUGCGCAUCGUUCAACGCUCCAAGUCUCCGCGCCAAUUUAUAGUCCCGACCGCUGGUGAACAUAUGCUGUCCGAACAGUACGAAGUACGGUGACGUCCCGAUACUCGUAUGUAUGGCGCUCCUCGCCGCACACUGUAUCUCCGGCAGCUUCUCGUCCCAGCGCGUGUGGUCUUCGCGGACAUACGUGCGGAUUGCUGCGAGGACAGUUUGAUUCACGCGUUCUGCCGCGUUCGCCUGUGGUGCGUAAUUCCCAGAUCUCAUGAACGCCAAACUGUGCGAAGACCUCUUCAUGCAGGAAUUGGAUUACGGCCGCCGAUGUGGCUUUGGGCAAGGCCUUCAGCCAAACAAAUCGAGACAUGUGAUCAAGGACUAUCAAGAUUACUACAUUCCCCCUUCGGGUUCUAGGAUAUGGACCCAGAAAGUCGAGGUAUCGCAAUCCGCGACAUAUGCAUUCACCUGUACCGUCAUACGGGGCCAAUAGUACCAUUGCCGCAGUCGCCCCAGUGUUCUCGCAACUCUUCCGUGCAUUGCCACAUCGCUGUCGUGUGCUUGCUGGAUCAACGAUCUUGUCAGCGUCUCAGGGAUCAUAGCUUCCACUGGAACUCCUCCAAUUCCGGUCGGGCAAAUUGUGUAAUCCUCGUCCUCGAAGGCUGUAGUCUCGAACUCUAGGAAGUCGAUUGCUUCUAAGUCAAACGGACGAGACAGCAUGUCGGCGACGAUGUUGUCCUUUCCCUUCCGAUGCUCUAUCUCGAAGUUGUUUGUCUGCAGAGCUAGAGACCAUCUCGCUAGCCUACCAUCCAGCGCUUUGAAACGCAUCAGCCACCGCAGGCUCGCGUGAUCAGUGAUCACAGUGAAUGGCAUCAGCUCUAUGUACGCCCGGAACUUCUCUAUAGCUCUCACUGCCGCUAGACACUCCUUCUCUGGCACACUAUAGUUUAGUUGAGCGCCUCUCAGCUUCGCCGAAAAGAAAGCAAUGGGGUGUUCGGCUUCCUCCUCAUCCUUCUGGAAAAGAACCGCACCGAUUCCCACAUGACUUGCAUCACACUGGAUGAAGAAGUGCUUCUUAAAGUCCGGAUGAUGCAAUACCGGUGCGCUGGCAGUCUGUGAAAGGGGCUGAAAGUGCCGAAAAAUUCCGGAUGAAUCGCCGAUACCAGCCCGCCGUACCCAAAAAUCUCCUGACUUGCCUCACGUUCUUCGGCAUCGGUAUCUGUACGAUCGCUUGCACCUUCUCUGGGUCGGUCCUCAGUGCGCCAUCGCCCACGAUGUACCCCAGGUAUUUCAGGUACUUGUAGCAGAACUUUGACUUUUUCUUCCCUAUUGUCAGGUUUGCCGUCUCCAGGCACUUUGCGACUUCCUCUAGUAGCUUCACGUGCUCCUCAAACGUUCGGGAAAUCACCAACAGGUCGUCCAAAUACACAAACACGUGGCUUCGGAGUCGCUGCGGGAUAACCCGGUCCAUCAACCGACACAACCGCUGGGCUGCGUUACACAAACCGAACGGCAUUGACUUAAACUGAUAGAGUGGUCUCCCUGGAACCGUAAACGCCGUAUACGUCCUACUCUCCGGCUCCAGCUCUAUCUGCCAAAACGCAUGCUUCAGGUCGAUGCUACUCCACACGACUCAGGAUCGACUCGAUACUCUGAAGCGGGCUUACGGGCCAGAGUCACCCGAUUGCUCCACGGGCUUUCGCUCAGCUCGAUUACUCCAAGACGCAACAUUUCGUCGACUUCCGCAAACAACAGCUCCUGUACCGCCGGAGAUACUGGGCCUACUAUCUGCGGAGCCAAUCCAAACUUUCGCCAGAAAUCGACCCCAAGAUACAGUGAUUGCUUCAAUGACGGACACAAGAAUAAUUCCAUCGGGUGCUUCUGGCCUUUGUAUGCCAUCACUACCAUCACACGGCCUAGGAUCUGAUGAGGUGUACCGCCCGCACAGGCUCACUGAUGCCCCCGUAUCGAGCAGUCCCAUCAGCGUCUUCGGGCCCAGACUCACGUGCGCAAACGGCCUGUCGUCCCGGUUUACUGCAGAACGGAUUGCUGUGCAUAUGCCACGUCGUUUCCUCUGGCGUAUCCGGAAUCGGUCCCGAGCUCCUGUGCUCUGGCCGACCUCGUUAGGCUUAUUUCCGCCACCUGGUCCCCCAGUAUUCUUUUCCGGGUCUGCUCGUAUCGAUGCUGCCUUUCUGCUAACGGCUUACGCUCCGACCAUCUUUCCCCAGGCUAAACUAACUGGGCGAGACGAGAGACAACUGCAACUCACGGUUACAGCAGACCACAGCGGUUCCCCCGAGUCGGACAACGAUGCUGAUGCCCUCUCGGCAUCGCACGGACCACAACCCGACAGACCCACGAUGUCUUCCUUUUUUUUCUGAUCAGCUCCGUGGAUUCCUCGAGUCGAACAACGCUGCAAACGCCCCUAAGGCACUGCACGGACCACAACUCGCGAAGUCCACUCGCCGUUUCCUCUCUCCUACUUCCCUCAACGGCUACUAUGGCUCGGGUGUAUUCCCGGCUCACGGACCAGCUGAGUUUCUCUAAUCCAAGGCUCGAUCUCAAACUGGGUGUCUUAAACCCCUCGUUCCAAAACCGAUACCUUCCGUUUUAAAAUUGGGCGCCAUUUGUUAUAAUCCGCCUUUUUGCCGCCCUGGUGUUGCACUCCCGUUUCGACGGCAGGACCUUUAAACGGGAGUGUGGUGUUAUGGACGGCUUUUUGAAGGAGCCGUUUGCCGACAGGGCUGGAGAAGGAGAGGAGACAGCGGCCUCUGUUGUGGAUCCUGGGAGGCUGUAACAGGGUUGCAAGGAGGGAGCAAGGUGGCAAGGCUAACACAUAUAUCAUAUCCACGUUUUUCCAAAUACACAAGUAGUUACACAAAACAAGAAAAAAGACAAAACAAAAAAGGAGAAAAAAUAAAUAAAAACAGCAAUAGAAUAAAUUAGAUUUUCGUUAAAAAAAAAAAAGAAAAAAAUUGUAAACGGAGACUAUUCCCUCCCCCUAACGACACACCCCUCCCCUAUUUAUUUAUUGCACUAACAAGAGCUCUUUUUAGUUUAAGAUCGUUUAUUUACAUUAAUUUUCAGCUGAUCCAUGUUAAUUUGUUGUCGAUGAAAUGGGGCUGCCAACUGGGGCGGAAUAGAUUUCGUAUUUUCUUUUACUAGUAUUUUUGGUUUGUCAGUAUUUUUAGUUUUUUCUGUUGUUUAUAAGUUCAAAUUAAAAAAAGAAGGAAUUAAUGUUUAAUAUUAGGCAGGAUUAAUGAAAUAAUAUAAACUAUGCAUUGAAAAAAAAAAUGAGUGAGUAGAUACCUGUAGUUGGGUGAGACGAGAGCGGGGAAGAGGGCGAAACCAAGAUUAAAAAAAAAUGGGAGCGCAGAUUUCGAAAACGCUCAUGGAAGGGAGGGCCUCGCUAAGGGUAAGAAUACCGGCUGCCCCCGCUAAAGAGAGUGCCGACGAAGACGAGACCAGAAGAAUGUUUGAUUUGUGUUU